AUGCGUCCGGUGGUUGCCCGUAACAAGCCAAAGUUCGUUAGGGUUCGACCAAAUCCUGCGGCGAGUUCAUUACCUCUGCACCUGUCGGUACAUCACGUUAACCAAAUAGUACUCGAUUUAGCCCCUCUGGUGGGAGACACGAUAGCUAACAGUGAACAACAGUUAAAACCGCAAAUCGGAGGAGCGUGGAAAAUACAUAUUUCGGCGGGAACAGGGGCCGUUUGGCGGGAAGCCAGGGCGGGAUUGGCCUCACUGGACAGGCUGAAAGUUAUUAAAUACGACAGAGCCUCUUCGCCUGACGUGGGCUGUCCUGUGUCCUUUCAUGUCCGAACUGACCCGGAGGAAGCAGCUGACACCGCUCGUUACCUUGAGGGCCUCCAUCGGACAAGACUAAGGGCCCUGCCACUCGGACCGAACUCCUGUCCUUGUCUCACACGUGCAAUCAUCUUCGGCUCGGACCAAGAAGUGGCAGGAGUGAUGCGUGCAGUGCGGAGGAUGAACGCCUCCAAGAUAUUCUCCUGGAUCGGCUCGGAUGGCUGGUCCGCGAGGGAUCUGGUGUCCAUCGGCAACGAAGAAGAAGUCGAAGGCACCCUCUCCGUCCAGCCGCAGGCCAAUCCCGUCAAAGGAUUCGAGGAGUACUUCCUCAGCCUCACUGUAGAGAAUAACAAGAGGAAUCCGUGGUUCGUAGGUAAGUAG